GGCAACAGGCGGCCAUAAGAAGAAGAACAGGUGUCAAACAAGUAUUAAGCAUGAGAAAUCACGACCCCACAUUUCCGAAAACCCCAAGCAAUAGCCCAAGGCCAAGGGCCAAGGCCAAGCCAACCAUCAGCUCCUCUCCCCUUCACCACCACUACCAAAUCGAUCUGAUCCUCGGAAAAAUGGACGCGUGCCAUAUCGACCGGCUCCCGCAGGACACUCUCCAUCAGAUCUUCUCGAGUCUCCCGCUCCGCCAGAUCGUGAUCUGCCGCUCGGUCUGCAAGCACUUCCACCAGAUUCUGACCUCACCGCACUUCAAAGAACUCAUUGCCGCCCAACCACCUUCCACCCUCCUCGCUCUCCGCCCACCUCACCACCACCACCACCACCACCACCAUCGCCACGCUUCCUCCCCUCCCUCCCUCCACGUGUUCGAUCCGGACCAGGAUCAAUGGCUCAGAUUCACCCUCGAUUUCCUCCCCUUCCGGUCCCCACACCCUGUCGCCUCCGCGCGCGGGCUCGUCUACCUCUGGGCCGACUCGCCCCACUCGUCCGAGUCGAGCAAAUCCCUCGUGGUUUGCAACCCCUUGACUCUGCAAUUCAAAGUCCUCCCCCAGCUCGGAUCCGCCUGGUCGCGCCACGGCUCGGUCCUCGUCGACUCGGCCAACCGAGUCAUGGUGCUUUCGGAGCUCGCGGCCCUGUACUUCUCCGGCUCAAACCAGUGGCUCAAGUUCUCAUCCAACCUGCCCUCGAAGCCGCGAAGCCCAAUCCUGGUGUCGGACUCUGUGUACGCGCUGUGUGACAUGGGUUCGCCGUGGCGGAACCAGUGGAAGCUGUUCUCUUGCUCGAUCAAGAGGCUGAGGAGCUCCCAGACGUGGACUCGCCUGGAGCGGCACGAGUGGGGGGACGUGUUCGACAUACUGAAACGGCCGCGUUUGGUGCGAGGCAACGGGAACCGACUGCUAAUGAUCGGAGGGUUAAAGUCGUCGUUUUCGUUGAACGCGUCGUGCUCGACGAUCCUGAUCCUGAGGCUGGACCUGGACACGUUGGAGUGGGACGAGGCGGGUCGGAUGCCCCUGGACAUGUUCAGGUGCUUCCAGGAGUCGAGCAAGUUCAAGGUGUUUGGUGGUGGCGAUAGGGUCUGCUUCUCGGCCAAGAGGGUUGGGAAGCUGGCCGUCUGGGACCGCUGCAAGGGCAAAGGGGAGUGGCGUUGGGUAGAUGGGGUGCCCGGGAGCGGCGUCGGCGACGGCCUCUGCCGUGGAUUCGUGUUCGAGGCCAGGCUCACGGCGUUGCCCUGAUGGCAAUGCCAAUUAAAGGUCUCCUAUGAGGAAUGUGACAGGGGAUCGGGAGAUUUCAUUUCUUGGGGAGAGUGUGUUGUGUGACUUUUAGGAUGACUCUAUGGAUUGGUGGAUUUGAAGGGUGAAGCCUUAAAUGCCUUUCUUUUUUGCUUGAUUGUGAUGCUUUCCUCAAGUGUGAUGCAAAAUCAGCACAUUUUCGAUUCCUUAAGUUGUCUACGUGCAGUAUAGUACUCUUCAUUUUGCCCUUGUAAACCACAAGUUAGUGCCAUAUUUGGCAACAGUUAUGCAGCGCAUUUUAGCAAGAAGGAAAUGAAAGAACAAUUUCUCAGCAA